CUCAUGGUUGCAUCGCAGCAUGUUCAUUGGAUGGCAGCCCUGAUCCCUGUAGCAAACGAAGUACUGAUUGACUUAUCAGCACCGUUCGGUUGGUCCGGCUCGCCUCCCUUUUACGGUGCCUUUGGGCGUGCAAUUACGUGGCUCGUUCAGCAGAACUCACCGAGCACGGUCCACGCGAUGCUGGCCAUCCUGGGCCCUCGUGCAAUCAACGAAGAAAACUUCUCACAUUGGGAAACCCGGCUCAAUGCACUUGGUCUUACGUGGGAUACCGUCAACCGCACUGUUUCGAUACCUGGCACCAAGAUUAAGAAAGCUCUCGAACGCGUACGCACAGUGAAGCAAUCAAAAACUGUGACAAAGUCCGACAUGAUGAAACUUCUUGGGAGCUUAAGGCACAUAUGCAGCUGUCUUCGCACGACCCGGCCGUUCUACCAGCGCCUGCAGUCCGCGUGCAAUCGAGCCCCCCGCCACGGCGUGUACAAACUCGCAGCAGGUGCAAAAGCAGACCUCGUGUGGUUCGAUCACAUAUUGGCGGUCGGUCAUCUACAAGAGUUGCCGCUGUCAAUUUUUAGCACCCGCGAUCCAAAAGCGCACGUGCACCUUUACAUGGAUGCAUCCAACGUGGGUCUCGUAAUUCUAAACCCAUCGGUCAACGAAUUCAUCCAGAUCCCUUACGACUCCGAGGAGUUAGAGUGGAUCCACAGUGAGCCGAAGUGUGGCAUAGUGCCCCGGGCUUCCGGGGACCGACCGACCCCCGGAUGUGCAAUUCCCCGGAAGGUGUACCCAUCCGGGUGGUACCGGGUGUACCCCACACAGGAGAGCACCGGGAAGCCAGCGCAGGACGAGCGACGACAUCAGACGAGCCGACCCCGGCGUGUCCGGACCAGCCCAUAG